AUGUCAUCACCUGCACCAUGUCAUCACCCGCACCAUGUCAUCACCCGCACCGUGUCAUCACCCGCACCGUGCCAUCACCUGCACCGUGUCAUCACCCGCACCCUGUCAUCACCCGCACCAUGUCAUCACCCGCACCAUGUCAUCACCCGCACCAUGUCAUCACCCGCACUAUUCAUCACCCGCACUAUUCAUCACCCGCACUAUUCAUCACCUGCACCAUGUCAUCACCCGCACCAUGUCAUCACCCGCAGCCUGUCAUCAUCCGCACCAUGUCAUCACCCGAACCAUGUCAUCACCCGCACCAUGUCAUCACCCGCACCCUGUCAUCACCCGCACUAUGUCAUCACCUGCACCAUGUCAUCACCCGCACCCUGUCAUCACCCGCACUAUGUCAUCACCUGCACCCUGUCAUCACCCGCACCCUGUCAUCACCCGCACUAUGUCAUCACCUGCACCAUGUCAUCACCCUCACCAUGUCAACACCCGCACCAUGUCAUCACCCGCACUAUGCAUAAGCUGCACUAUUCAUCACCCGCACCAUGUCAUCACCCGCACCAUGUCAUCACCCGCGCUAUUCAUCACCUGCACCAUGUCAUCACCCGCACCAUGUCAUCACCCGCACCAUGUCAUCACCCGCGCUAUUCAUCACCCGCACCAUGUCAUCACCCGCACCAUGUCAUCACCCGCACCAUGUCAUCACCCGCGCUAUUCAUCACCCGCACCAUGUCAUCACCCGCACCAUGUCAUCACCCGCACCAUGUCAUCACCCGCACCAUGUCAUCACCCGCACUAUUCAUCACCCGCACUAUGUCAUCACCCGCACCCUGUCAUCACCCGCACCAUGUCAUCACCCGCACCGUGUCAUCACCCGCACCGUGUCAUCACCCGCACUAUUCAUCACCCGCACCAUGUCAUCACCCAGAGUGA